AUGUCACAAUAUGCACCAUUUGAAUCAGUUGUUAGCAUUAUCCGUAACGGAAUGAAAGUCGUUCCAACGCGAUACAGAAACAAGCGAGUUGUUUACGGAAUAGCUAUGGCAGCUCUUACCCUUGACAACUUAAAUGUAGCGGGAGCAAUGACAACUACUUUUUCCAUUCAAGAAGUGUUCGAUACGGAUUAUUCAACUGCUUCGUGGGUACUUUCUGCCUAUGCGUUAACAUUGGGAGCAUUCAUCAUAAUAUUUGGUAAAAUUGGUGAUAUCUGGGGAGCUCACAAUGUGUUUCUUUUAGGACUUAUAUUCAUGAGUGUCUGGUCUUUACUUACUGCUAUUCCACAAAAGAGUAUAAUUGCCAUGAUUAUUUUUAGAGCAUUACAGGGAAUUGGGGCUGCGGCAUUGUUACCGAAUGGUUAUUCAAUGGCAGCAAACUAUUUUCAAGGACCCGAGCUUGAACAGGCCAUAAGAAUUCUUGUGAUCGUUGUCACCGCUAGUAUGGGAUUAGGAGCUGUUUUAGGAGGAGCAUUUUCGUGCACCAAAGUUGGGUACAUGGGCUUUUUUUAUUUUACAUUUGCACUUUCAUUUGUGUGCUCGGUUCUUCUAUACUUUUUGAGUAUACCGGUCAAAAGAGCAGAAGGGCAGAGAAAUCCCAUGGUAAGAGAUUUGGACUUUCCUGGAAUAAUAAUGCUAGUUAUAGGGCUUUUAUUAAUCAUCAUUGCACUUACGGAGUCAAGUAUGACUUGGAAAACGGCAAAGGUGUACAUCAUUCUUCCAGUUGGUUGCAUCCUAUUAGCAAUAAUGUUCUGGUUCGAAACAUAUUUUUUGACUCGCUAUAAACGCAAACACAACAGGAAUGAGUGUGUUCCACACAAUAUGCAGUUACCAAGACAACAGGAUCCAGAUCUAGAAAACCAAGGGAAGAGCAUCUCUAGAUUCUUAACCAGAUGGAUGCUUAACGUUGAGCUUAUAUUCCCUGCGGAGGUAUUCAAAAUACCAAAUCUUAUUCCACUAUUGGUUGGAUUGUCUAUGGUGUACUUCAACUUCACCACAUCCCUAAUGAUAUUGAUACAGUACCACAUCUAUGAAGAGUUAAAUACUCCUUUAAUGGCGGCGGUCAAAAUUCUUCCAUUUCCGGUCGGUAUGGUGAGUGGUGCUAUGAUGUACAGAGAAUCACAAACCAGAAAAAUAGGAAUGAGGAACAUGCUCUUGAUAUCAUCUUUGGUUUUAGUUGCAUGCUCAGUUUGGAUUUCCCGGACGGAUUAUCGUGCUCGUAAUGAUUACUGGAAAACACGCUUUAUAAGCCAAUACAUUCUUGGAAUCGCAAUCAACAGGUUUUUUAUGGUUUAUCUAAACUGUGUUAUGGCAUCGACACCUUUGAAUUUACAAGGAUUGGUUGCAGGUAUAUUCAACACUUUUGGACAAAUAUUUGUGGCUUUGGCUAGUGCGGUUGUGGCCACUAUUUUAGGUUUGCUAGAAGAAACUUCUUCAAACUACAAGAUUUUGCAAACGCAGUAUCAUCGGUUUCACAAUGCAUUUUAUACGACAAUAGCUUCUGCGGUUGUUUAUUUUAUAUUCAUGUUGAUGAUUAAAGAUCCGUAUAGGAAGAAAGAAGCGGCGACGGAGAAAUCAGAGGUUAGUGUUGCGUUGACAGAAGCCAAAGGCAUGAAAAGUUGA